UUUUCCCCACCCCCCAUCCGCCAUUUCCCUUCUGACUUUUCCUUGCACAGUUCCCCCCCGCUUUAUUCUUCUUGGGUUUUCUUGUUCCAGAUCCGUCCUUUUCUGCUCCUGCAGGAACAAAUAUCUAAUUACUUUGAUCAUUAUAUAUGUAUAUAGACAGAGACUGAGAGAGAGAGAGAGAGAGAGAAAACCAUUACUAGCUUUCUUCCUCUUGUUGUGAAGUUGAGAAUCGUCGUCUGAUCAUGACAAUUGAAGCUGCAGGCUUGGUGGAGGAAAUCAGGAGAUCAGACAGAGUUGGGCUUGUGGAUAAGGUUAUCAAGAAGAAGAGAUGCAGACGAAAGGUUGUCCAAAUUCGAUUGAGGAGGUCUCCUCAGGUUGAUCAUCCCACCACUCUGCAGAAGCUCUUUCGUUCCUGCCGGAAUGUCUUCAAGGGCCCUGGAACUGUUCCUUCUCCUACUGAUGUCCGGAAGUUGUGUCGUAUUCUUGAUGUAAUGAAGCCUGAAGAUGUUGGACUUAGUAGGGAUCUGCAGUUCUUCAAACCUAGGAGUCAUGAGGUUGAAGGCACUCCAAGAGUAACUUCAGCUACCAUCUACAAAUGUCAAAAUUUUGAGCUGUGCAUUUUCUUCCUUCCGGCAACUGCUGUCAUACCUCUUCACAAUCACCCGGAAAUGACUGUCUUCAGCAAGCUUCUGCUGGGGACAAUGCACAUAAAAGCAUACGAUUGGGUCGAUCCCCACGACUCUGAUUACUUGACCUCACCUACCAAAUCUAGACUAGCGAAGCUCAAAGCGGAUGCAACGUUCACAGCCCCGUGCGACACUUCCGUGUUAUAUCCAACAUCCGGAGGAAACAUCCACGAGUUCACAGCGAUAACGCCAUGUGCCGUGCUGGAUGUUAUUGGGCCUCCCUAUUCAAAAGACGAUGGCCGUGAUUGCUCACACUAUAGAGAUACUCCGUGCGAUGCUUCAUUGUACGGUGCAGAAUUUAGAAAGAUCAUAGACAACGCGGGUGGUCGUUAUGCGUGGCUGGAGGAGAUCGAAAUCCCUGAGGAAUCAGAGAUGGAUGGGAUUGAGUAUAAGGGUCCACAAGUCUUCGAUUCGAUGGCCUAGUGAUCGUUUUCCUCCCACAUUUCUUACACUCUAGUGCCUGUUUGUACCUAAAGCAUCAGCUAGUUCUCAUGUUUCUGAUCUUUUGCUAUACAUUUCUUGGUCUUUUUGUCUCUUGUAUAUAUGCCCCAUUUGUAGAGUUUAAUGUGACAUAGUUUCUUCAUUGGUAGUAUGCGAAGGGAAACACAGGCUGUCGAAUUCUUACAUAGUUUCAUAGUUCAGUGAACAACAGCUUUGUAAGACAAGAGACUGUGUUCUUGAAUAUCUACACUCCAUUUACAUUAAUACAUGACAAACUGUAAUCUGCAGCGUA